AUGAAGCUGCUUCUCCUGUUCCUAGCCAUCUUUCUGGCUGUGGAACCCGUGAUGUCAGCGGAGUGUUGGAGUCACGGACACUGCCGGUUGGUGUGCAACGAUGACGAGGAUCAUGUCUUACGCUGCGUAAAUCGCAAACGGUGCUGUGUCCCUAGUCGCUCUGUGACAAUGAAACCAAUAACAAUCGAUUACGUCCUUGACUGGACCACACCUACCGUGCCCACCACCGUCCCCACGACCRUCCGCAAAAGGAAGAAAAACAAAAAACAUGGCCGGGGUUGA